AUCUCACCGGACCAUUUGGGGGUUUGGGGGUCGGUUCUUUAACUGGAUUGUUCGUUGUGCGUUGCGACAAGCUUUGUCAACAAAGCUCACACCGCAACCAUGCAAGCAUGCAACAACGAAGACUUGUACUCUCUGGACUUCCCGGAUUUGAGCAUCCGUAGGGAAACAGACACGAAAGCCUGCGACUUCGCCAUCCAGAACAUGACCGCGGCGUCCGUCACCGUAAAUCAGGAUCCUACCGACGAAAACGCCGAUGUGUCCACGUUCUCCACGCUUGAGUGGCGAGACGGCGCCUUCGUUCCCGUUCAGCGCUCGCCAUCACCGCCGUUGGUCCUCUCUGCCGAGCGUCGCGAAUUCGACGAACGCAUCCGUUGUGCCCGCGCCCAGCGCGAAGCCAACAUGCGUGAGUACACCGACGAAGGCACACUCUUCCGUAUAAUGCUGCACUGGCGCCACGAGCAGCAGCUCGAAGCUGUCAACUUCGCCCUUCCGCUCUGGCUUCCUCUACCGCGACCUUGGACCAUCAACACCCUCAAGCAGUGCUCCAAUUACCCCGCUCUGCUGAAUCAGUACUACGAAAUUGAGAGCGAAACGGCCAGCAAACUGGGAGAGCAACACGACAAGAUACAAGAGGCGAUAAACGGCGAGAAUUGGGACCCCGAUCUCUUUGCUCAGUUGGAUCGCCUGCACAAGUGGGAGGCCGAGAAGAAGAAGGAUUUGGAGGAAACUGAUGCGCGGAUUCUGACGCCGAUGUUGGAUGCGAUGGAGGAGCGGCUUAUGGACGCGAUUGUGCAAAAAUGCGAUUCAGAGGGGAUUGAAAACGACGAGGUCCAUGAGAUAGUGACGGAAUUUUCCAAGGGUCUGCGCACUGCGGUACGUGCAAUACCACGGCUGCGAGAUCGAUACGACGGUCUGCGAGAACUCGAGAGACAAGCAUGGCCUCACUGCUUCCCGCGCGAGGACGAUACGGAAAUGCCAGACCUGGUGGACAGCUCAGGUCAGCUCUGGAGUGAUGGAGUGCAAGGCGAUGGCGAUGGAGGGGCGACCCGUCUAGAGGAUGGCACGAAUGGCGUGAGUCUAGAGGAUUGGGAUCGUUGGGACCCCGAUGGCUUCGGAACAUGAUCUUGGAUAUUUGUGAGCUGGAGGGCUGGGACGCUGAUGCGUUUGUACGACGUGUCGGGCGUUGCUGGACAAUAGAUAUCGUCGAAAUAGGGCCCCCAAUUCACAGCAUCCGCG